GAAAAGUGGGUGUCGCUAAGCAUGCUGGGCUCAGAGCUUCAAGAUGAUGGUGCGGAGAGGGGGCUUGAACAACACAGCAGAUUACACACGCACAACAUUCAGGCGUAAAGGGUGAAACCGAGCGGUGGCAGAGUCUUCGUGCAAUCUGUUUUUACCUGCUUUGGAUCCCAAUUUCUGGAUUUGCAAAGUCAGCGUCUGUUUUGUCUGCGAGCCGGGAAGAUACAAUGUAUGUAAACCCGAACUUUAAAUUAGCGGUCCCCUGACCCCUCAUUUCUUAUGUGCAGCUUAUGGAGGAGCAACACAGAGCGUGGCGGUCUAGCACUAAGUAGGCUACUCGUAGCUCGGUUCACCGGGAGAUGUUAACGUAUGUACGGAACUGGAAGGAACAUGGUUGAGAGGACCAGUAAAUUUUUGUUGAUCGUCGUUGGAUCCAUCUUUUUCAUGCUGAUUCUGUACCAGUACGUGGCUCCGGGAGUGAUGAACUUCGGGUCUCCGCACGGGUACCUUGUCGAGGACGAUACGGAUAUUUUCCCUACUCCGGAUCCACAUUAUGUGAAAAAGUACUAUUUUCCUAUAAGGGACUUGGAGCGUACGGUAGAUUUCGAAAUUAAAGGAGAAGACGUGAUUGUCUUUCUCCACAUCCAAAAAACUGGGGGAACCACUUUUGGGAGGCAUUUGGUCCAAAAUGUGCGUCUAGAGGUUCCUUGUGAUUGCAGACCGGGUCAGAAAAAGUGUACCUGCUACCGCCCGAACAGGAAAGAAACCUGGCUGUUUUCACGCUUCUCUACCGGCUGGAGCUGUGGGUUGCACGCAGACUGGACCGAGCUCACCAACUGCGUGCCAGGGGUUCUCAACAAGAAGGACAACAAGUUAAAAAAUCUGAGGAAGUUCUACUACAUCACGCUGCUGCGGGACCCCGUCUCCCGCUACCUGAGCGAGUGGCGGCACGUGCAGCGCGGCGCCACCUGGAAGACCUCGCUGCACAUGUGCGACGGGCGCACGCCCACGCCCGACGAGCUGCCCGCCUGCUACGAGGGCACGGACUGGUCGGGCUGCACCCUGCAGCAGUUCAUGGACUGCCCGUACAACCUGGCCAACAACCGGCAGGUGCGCAUGCUGGCCGACCUCAGCCUGGUGGGCUGCUACAACAUGUCCUUCGUGCCCGAGAAGAAGCGCGCCCAGCUCCUCCUGGAGUCGGCCAAGAAGAACCUGCGCGACAUGGCCUUCUUCGGCCUGACCGAGUUCCAGCGCAAGACCCAGUACCUGUUCGAGAGGACCUUCCGGCUGCGCUUCAUCCGCCCCUUCGUGCAGUACAACAGCACGCGGGCGGCCGGCGUGGACGUGGACAACGACACCAUCCUGCGCAUCGAGGAGCUCAACGAGCUGGACGUGCAGCUCUACGACUACGCCAAGGACCUCUUCCAGCAGCGCUACCAGUACAAGCGCCAGCUGGACCGCCGGGAGCAGAGGCUCAUGCUGAGGAGCCAGGGCGGGGCGCCCGCCCGCCGCUCCCGCCCGGACGCGCCGGGGGCCGAGGGGCCCGAGGAGGGGUCGCGCCUGCCCACCGAGGACUACAUGAACCACAUCAUCAACAAGUGGUAGCGCGGGCGGGCGGAGGGAGGGAGGGAGAGGGAGGGCGGGAGGAGGAGACAGAAGGUCCUUCUGGCGACCGCGCGGGAGGGAUCGCUGAUGUUUCCGUUCCCAAAUUAUUCAUUCACGGUGCCCUUAAUUUCCCCCCCUCCCCCCCUCCCCCCAGCCCAAGGAAUGGAGUAAAUAUGACUGAUGCACCCCUCUCCUGCUCAUCAAACACUGUAUCAUUUUUAUGUAUGAAGAGGAGCUUUGUAUUUAAGAGCUUUGUAUCUUGUCAGGCACUCAAUUACCCAUAGUUCCUAGCAGUUCACUCUGAACCGUGAGGCCAGGGCCAUCUAUACCUUGGGGGGGAGGAUUGGUUGGGCAGAGAGCCCAGUGGCUGAGACAGUGCACAGAUCUGCAUGAGCUUGGGUGCUCCUCAGGACAAAAGCAAUUUCAGAUAAUUUGUAAAAAUAAAAGAAAUGUGUUUUCAAAAAAAAAAAAAGUGUUUCGUUAAACACUGAGCGAACGCGCGCUUCAGUGACUGUUCACGCUUUUGUAAACGAUGGACGGUAAAUGAUGGCUUUUUGCGGAGGGAAGGUUUAAUUAGAGCAAGACCAAUCGGGCAGCCUGAAACGCUUUUUGAAUGCAAUAUAAUAGCUUCUCAGAUCAUUAACGAGAGACCUUUUUAUAAAAUGGCCUUUUCCCCUUUGUUUUUAAAUCACCUUGAAGCGGUAUAUGGAUAAGGAAGUCCCGGCUUGGCAGGGUCGUAUUAAAUUUGUCAGUCUAUCUGGAUCAAAUGUCUAAUGGUGUACUAACGUAUUUUAUCAGAGAUUUAGAGCUAUAUCUUAAUAUAAACAGACUUUUUUCUGUAUAAGUGUUUUUACCAGUUUCUUUAAUACAUGUAUAAAAUGGCCAGUCAUUCCAGUGUUCUCGUGUUUAUGGCAUUUUGCAGGGGACCAUUCGAUUGUGAAGGUGGUGUCUUGGCAUUGAUGACUUCUGGAAAAAUGAGCCACAAUUAACUGUCAAAAAUCUUUAAGGGUUGAAUGCUACUAUUGCUACUAUUUUAUUUUAUGAAAUUCAAGUCCUCUGUGUCCUACUUCAAGGGUCUGUCAAAGGAAUGGAUUAAUUGUAUUCCUGUAGUACACCAGUCCCUCUUUGCUGCCCUCUUGCUGUGAAGAAUAUAAAGGCAGUCCUGAGUCGUGUUGCCUCCAAAAACCUGAGUCAGUCUGCAGGGCUCUCUCUCUCUCUCUCUCUCCAGGUCCUGUGUGUGUGUGUGUGUGUGUGUGAGAGAGAGAGAGAGAGAGAGAGAGAGAUGGAGUAUUCUGGGUUUAGAUUCCAGUAUGGCUGCUGUGAGGACUUUCCCCUGGGUUAUUUUGGGAGUGCUUUAUUUACCACAGAUGGCUAUGUAAUAACCAUGUCAAUAUCUGGUGAUAUUUAAAUUCUACAGAUGGUAUUAACUGUCACUGCAAACAGUUAUGACGGAACUGCUACUUUUUUUUGUAUGCAACUCAUUGGUGCUCUCUGGUUACUGGUGUUUCUUGUCGAAACGAACUAUCCUUUAUGUUUGUGAUCACAUAGUUUUCACAAAAACUAUCACCAACAGAAAAAAACGUACCAAAUAAUGGCAAUAGGGUGUACGUGAUUAUUUACAUACUGUGAAUUAAAGCUUUUGUCCCCCCAAUAAUAUAUUUUUUUCCUACAUGUAAGUGAGUUUGUUUCCACCGGUGAAGUUUGUUUUUAUUUAUUUUAUUUUUUUUUUCGGUCCUUUUCUUUUGGUUUAUUCUCAUAAACAUGCUCCUUGGCAUUUCAGAUUUCAAUUGUUGUGUAUCUGUAAAAAGCUCUGUCAGAAUGAAUCGACAAUGUUCCAGAUGGGAUGCUGUUUGCUACCCAAGGCCAGCUCUUUGAAAAGUCUUAAGAUGGCUUCUGCAUUGUAUUGUUUUAAUUGGAUGCGCAAAGAAACAAAACGAAACUUGUUUCAACUCGAUAGGUUUCAUGCUUUUGCAUUAACUGCAUAUUCAUAAUGCAUACAUAACAUAUCCAUAAGCACUAUGUAAGAAUGCCACAGCAGCUACGUAAGUGCUUAUCUUGCAUUUGACAUUUCGCACAAAACAGAAAGUGAUCUAAACUGUUCAUGGUGUGCAAUGGUCUUACUCUACUUUAGUAGAAAGAGCUUCUACCGCAAAUGGUAUCUACAGAAGUAGGAUGCAUUAUAGUGGUCAUUUUAAUUUGGUGCAUGACCUCAACACUUGCACUGCAUUUUGUAGAUAUUUUAGAAUCUGUAAUUUUAGUAUACUAUAGUUUUUUUAUUUAUUUUUUAAUUGUAGUGCAUACGACUGUGUUAUGUAUGAAUGUAAUACAUUACAGAACUAUAUAUGUUUUUUCUCAUGGCAACUGAUAAUAUUGAGAUUCCUCUGUUGCAAACGCCAGUGCAAUAUAGAUAUAAAACUGAUCUGUGUUGGGUUUUUUCAUUGUUGUCCAUAAAUCAGGAAAAGGUCUGCAGGCUAGUUUUAUCCCCAGAGUCUGUUUCUCAAAACUGGAUUUAACCUUGACAGGAACCAAAUCCAUUAUGGCUGUGUGUGGAGUCCUCCCAUGGCAUCAUGGGACAGUUUGGACCAAGUCCUCUGUGCCGCCAGUUAGCCCUGAUCAUGUGACCAAGCAAGAGAGACCACUUCAGGAUGACCCUGCCCCUUUCUCAUGAGCCUGGGAUCAAGGUCCUUUCAUUAACUGUACAGAGGGGUUUGAAUUUCGGGGUUUUGAGACUAUGGGGUGGGAUGGAACAGGGGAGCUUGUUACCUAACGCCCAGUGUGAGGGAUGGUAAAAAAAAAAAAGAGUGGAACACAUUAAAGUACGUUCCCAGUUUGUGCCCUGCUCCUACUGUGAUGUGAGUAUUUUUACCAUUCAUGCAGAAUGGAUCAUCCAUCAUCCAGCCAACAUUAAAGAGAUUUCAUUUUUUAAAGAAA